CGGCUUUACCAGCUCGGCGCCCUUCCACGUUCCGUGACCCAGGUCGCAAAGAAAGCAUUACCGUCAUCGAGGCGUGAGUGCGCCAUCACUCCGCCGUCCGUUUUGGGGUCGGCACUAACACCACCUGAGAAGCAGCGAGGGGCAUUCCCACUCCUUUCCUCUUUUGAGAGGCGCGCCUGCAGCACACACCUCGCAACCCCCCUCAAAAAAGUUAGGGUAUCCCUGGCUUGGCUGGGUUCACACCAUACCCGAGGGCAGCUACUCUUCGGAGUUACCCAUCUUGCCCUACUACGUACCUGACCGACUACUAGUACCAGGUACGGUAGUCCUCUUCUUGGGUAGAUACCUCACCCACAUCCGGUUCGGUGAUCCCACCACCUCGACAACCGACGGCCGAGGCGGAGCACAGCGCAAUCGGAAAACAAGAUGGCGCUCGCCAGCUAUAGCCAAUGCGCCCACUCGUUCGUCAUGAUCAAGUCUGACAACACCUUGAUCGAGUGGAGGUGCCACGACUGCCACGACGGCCCGUUCUGGUUCAUCUGGGAAUGCCGGUACUGCCGGCACCACACGUGCCGGACUUGCAUGGACAACGCCUAAGAUCCCCGCGCCGGCAGCGCCCGCCUGUGCCUACCUAGGGGUACCGACACUCACAUGGGUAGGCGGCCCCUUGGGGUGAGGGCGCUGGGGUGCGGGGGAAUGGCGAGGUUCGUUCGUUGCCUGCCGUCGCAAAUCUGGGCUUGGAUCGGAGAAGACGGUGGAAUGUGUGCCCGAGGGAGCGGGAAGAAACCUGGAAAGCGCCUGUCGUUUUCUCGGUUGCUGUGGACGAGGUGGCCUGGCUUGUCUCGGCAGAGCUUUUGAAGUAGGCAGGAGACCCGCAACAUAACAACGGCCUGACCACACAGCUGGGACCUCCCAACGCCUUCCAGCAAACGACAGGGUGCGAAUUGCGACUCCAAAAAGCUCGGAUUCUCAAGCGUGCGAGCUAGUCUGGCGCCAACUCUCUUCCACACGCCCUCGUCAGAAAAAGAACUCCGAUCGUGCGGCGCUCUCCGUUCCUAAUCGUUCCCAACAUUCCCCCCGCCUGGCACACCAAGUCAGUUCACAUGCUCGGUACUUUUAACUCUCACCGUUUUGCUCCCAAGGAAGCUCCACUACACCGCCAUGUCACCAUGUACGCGACUUGCAGCAGGACCUUGCUCGCUCCCUUGACACAACACUACGACCACACGGCUUUUCUUCUUCGUUUGUCUUCUCUUUCCUUUUUAUUUUGGUUUCUCUUUUUUCGCCUUUUAUCUUUUCUUGUGCACGCAUGAGGAGUUUGCGAUAGACGGAUUAAGUUACGGCACUCUCGGUGGGAAUAGACUUUAGGGUUCAUUGCCCGUGGACGACCACUGGAUGGUAACGGAUUUGAAGUUUACGGGGGCUGCGGCCAGUACUUUAGAAGGUGGGGUGGAGGAGGGGGCAGUGAUCUUGGCAGGCUGGUGUGUCGGUUACAGGCGUUAUCAGAAGAAAAAAAAACGUAAGGUGAAGAAAAAAUAACACAAGGUGUCCAAG